AUGGCUUCCAGUAGCUCAGGGCCUCCGAGAGGCCGGGCUACAAACUUCUAUGAAGGUAAGCCAACCGAAGCCACCGCUCCACUUUGGGCGGACCCAUCGAAUGGCAACCUGCAGAUACUGCUCUUGAGGGCUACAGGAGACAAGGCUCUCCCAUCCAACCCCUUCGUAGUCAGCAAGACUAUAACGUCGGCAAUCAAAAAUUUCAGUAACUUCAACAGUGCCAAACCACAGAGAGACGAAAAAAAGAACCUUCAAUAUAUUCUUACCACCAGGGACGAGGAAUCAGUAGGUAAGCUUCUCCAAAUUAACAAACUUAUUGACAACACACCUGUUGAGAUUAUUUUCCACCCCACCCUAAACCAACGCAAAUGCGUGGUUACAUGCAGAGACGUGAUUAAUAUCACCGAAACCGAAUUGCUGAAAGAGCUUUCCGAUCAGAAAGUGAUCGAUGUCAAGCGAAUCACCAGAAAGGUAGGAGAAGAAAUUAUCCCCACAGCUACACUAAUCAUAACGCUUCGUGGAACUGUUGUUCCCGAAUUCAUUUAUUUCGGUUUCAUUCGCGCUGGGACUCGGAAUUACUAUCCGAAUCCAAUGCAGUGCUUCAAAUGUUUCAACUUCGGACACACCAGCAAAAGAUGCAAGCGUGAGAAUCCGCUUUGCAGAAAUUGCAGCAAAGAGCACCCCAAAGAUUUUGAUUUUAAAUUGUGUAAUACACCAGCACUAUGCAUUAACUGUCAAGGGAACCACUCCUCUUCCAGCAGGAAGUGCCCCGUAUGGCUAAAGGAAAAUGAAAUCACAAAAAUAAGAAUCGAUCGUGGUAUCUCUUACAAAGAAGCAAAAAUCAUUUCCAACACCCAAAAUGGUCCAACUUAUUCGAGCGUCUUGCAAGACAGGCUCAACAUUCGGGAACCAGUAGCUGGCUGCAAGUGCAAAUGCAGCUGCGCCUCGGCCGUUUCGGCCGCUUCUAGUCGCGAAAGCACCCCCUCAAUCAUAGACACAACCAUGACAGAAUCGUCUACUGAAAGUUCAACAACCGAAUCCGAUAGUGAAUCGAAACAACAACACCAACAACAACACACAUCAAACAAAAAACAACAACAACAAGGCACAUUCCACAAAAAACAACACACACACAACAAACUCUCCAAAUACCUCUACACCAAACAAGAACGAUAUCAAUACCUCGAAGAAAGCUUCUCUUUCCAAGGGAAGCGGAAGUCCCAUCCGCUGGCCUCGGAGCUGCAGGCAAUAACGCAGCGGCAGCAGGUGAAUAAGAUGGCCAAGUCGAUUUUCUCGGCGAAUCGCGACGUGGCGGUGGUGAUGGACAACGAGACUUAUCUCACCCUGGAUGGCAACGACCGGCAGGGCUCCCCCACGAAAGAAUACUACUCCACCUGA